UAUGAUAAGGGAAAGGUUUGAAGUUGAAGUAAUCAAUGGACAACAGUUACACUCUCUUCCUCAGUUCUCCUCUCGCGAUGGCUCCAUCCGUUAAACGAUGCCGUUUCAGUUGCUGUGCCAAAGCGCAACAGCUCCAAGAAAUUCGGGUGUGCACGAACCGCACGUGCCGCAGACAGGGCUCAUUUCAGACCCUAGAAACCCUCUCUGGCCUCGCUCCGCCAAACGUCGACGUAAAGUCCUGCGGUUGCUUGGGGCGGUGCGGCGGCGGCCCCAACUUGGCGGUCCUCCCUGACGGCCUCAUCGUCGGCCAUUGCGGUACAGCUGCUCGUGCGGCGGAGGUCAUGGCGGCUCUCUUCGCCGGCGGCUAUGACGCCAAGUGUUGUUUGGAUGCGCUUGCUUUGAGGAAGAGAGCGGAUGUUGAAUUUGCGAAGGGAAAUUUCGCUGAUGCUGAGCUUCUUCUCUCACAGGCUAUAGAUUUAAAACCUUUUGGUGGCAUACAUGUCAUUUUCAAAUGCAGGUCAUUUGUAAGGCUGGAAUUGGGUAACUACUCUGGUGCCCUUGAGGAUGCUAGGGAGGCUUUGGCAUUAGCUCCCGGCUAUUCUGAGGGUUAUAUUUGCCAAGGUGAUGCCUUUUUGGCAUUGAACAAAUUUGAUUUGGCAGAGCAGUCAUAUUUAGCAUCUAUCGAUAUUGAUUCUUCAAUUCGUCAUUCUAAAUCAUUCAAGGCUCGGAUAUCAAAACUUCAGGAAAAACUUGCUGCUGUCAAUACACCAUAAGAUCUGACUGGUAAAUGAAAGUCCAGUUAAUUCAAUUACAUCAGAAGGGUGAGAAAAAUUAUCUACUGUUUACAGGUAUUAAAAUGUCUUUUGUGUUGUAUUUAAACUUUUUGGUCUCAAAUAUCAAUUGAUCAUUGCUAUAAUAUCUUAUAGUAUUUUAGAAUAUCAUAGCAUGUCUUUAUAAUACCCCAGAAUAUCGUGGAAAAUAUUUAUAAUGUAUGGCGGAAUUAAUAGGUUAUAUAAAUGAUGAAGCUGUAUUACAUGUUUCCUAAUUUCAUUAUGUUUCUUGAUUUGUUUCCUUGAUUAAUUAGGGUUACUAGGCUUAUUGUAUUUCCUAAUUCAGAGUUAAUAGUGUAAAUAAAACCUUAUUUUAGUGUUUUGUUUCACAUCCUUACAACUAAGAGUUUAACAAGAAAAUCCAAACAUGCAUUUUAUCUUUGAAACUUGGUGGCUAUGACUUGCUGCAAUCUUUUGGUAUUUCGGCUGCAACUGGCAUGACAGAAAGACCCUCUUGUAUUGGCCAAAGGCUGCUGCUGCUCCAUUCAACACUGAUGCUGCCCACACGUGAGUAGACUAAUAACUUGUGAGGCCUUUGUAUUUACUUUGCGAGGGGGGUUGGGUGGCUUUGUUGUACAAAGUUAAUACUUUUAUGUAGACGAGCUAUUGGGACCCCCCCCCCCCCCCCGGUUAAAUGAUGAAAUCGGCAGCACUAUUAGGAUAAGUGAUCAGAUAUGCAGCAUUACUCUCCUGCAUGUUAUAGU